UUACACUUGGCACAAUGCAGUCAGGCAAGUACCGUUCUCCUGGCAACCACCAAACACAGACACGUCCAUUGGAUAGCCAAAGAAAAGAGAUUUGUCAUUCCAGAGAAUACAUCUCCACUGCUCUACAGUCUAGUGGCGGCUGGCUGAGUUGCUGUUGUUCCCAGUUGCUUCCACUUUGUUAUAAUACCACUAACAGCUGACCGUGGAAACAUUUAGUAGCAAGGAAAUUUCACAGAUGGACUUAUUGUACAGGUGGCAACCUAUCACAGUACCAUGCUUGAAUUCACUGAGCUCCUGAGAGCGACCCAUUCUUUCACAAAUGUUUGUAGAAGCAGUGUGCAUGCCUAG